UUCCCACCGUCAUCACUCUCCUCUGUCCUCCGAAGCGUAAGUUGAAAAUUCUCUCGUGGAGCAGACGGCGGACCUCCAAUCUCCUCCCUGAGCCAUUCGAUUUGUUAAGAUGUACACAUCGAAGAAGAAGAUCCACAAAGACAAGGAUGUCGAACCGACUGAGUUCGAGGAGACGGUUGCACAGCACCUGUUUGAUUUGGAGAAUACCAACCAAGAACUGAAAAGUGAUUUGAAGGAUCUAUUCAUCAAUUCUGCAGUCCAAAUAGACAUUUCUGGAAAUCGCAAAGCUGUUGUGAUCAAUGUCCCUUACAGAUUGAGGAAAGCUUUCCGCAAGAUUCAUCCGCGGCUUGUUAGGGAGUUGGAGAAAAAAUUCAGCGGGAAGGAUGUUGUAAUCAUCGCAACUCGAAGGAUUUUGAGGCCACCAAAGAAAGGCUCUGCCAUCCAGCGACCUCGUACCCGUACACUAACAGCUGUACAUGACGCCAUUCUUGAGGAUGUUGUUCAUCCUGCUGAGAUUGUGGGGAAGCGGAUGAGAUACCGACUUGAUGGCUCCAAGAUAAUAAAGAUUUUCUUGGACCCAAAGGAACGCAACAACACCGAGUACAAGUUGGAGACAUUAGCCGGAGUUUACAGGAAGCUUACCGGGAAGGACAUCGUGUUUGAGUAUCCAAUUACAGAGGCUUAAGUAGCUGUUAUUAUCAUUGGAAAUAUGUGUUUGGAUAUUGUUUCUUCGUUUUAGAGUUUUCAAUUGUUUUAGGCACUAUUUAAAAAUUUUGACUUGCGAGAUUUCAUAUUGUGCUUCAGACAAUUAAGAGGAAGCCAGGAAGGGCUUCUUGUUUUUCCCUUCUUCAUGUGCUUCUUACAGGUCUGUUUACCUUUGGUUUCUUACAAAGAAUAUUUUCAUUC